UCAGAAUCAGUGGCAGGUAUAUGGGCAAGUAAGACAAGCGAGGGGCCCCACAGGAGUAGGAAACCCCUCAGAUUUCCCUGGUUCCCUGGAUUUGUGCGGUCCAUUUCCCACUGGGUAGAGGCUUUUGGAUCUCAGUGCAGCUGGAGGAAAGCCCCCCGCUCUGCCAAAAGAGAGCAGCGGUGAUGGCUAGUGCUGAGGCCCCACUCCACCAAGAUGUUCAUGCAGAGGCCUGGACUUCUUUGUCUUUGGGGUGCAGCGUGUGAUUAAGGAGGAGGAGUCCCUGCUUUAAGGGGGAUUCUCCAGCAAUUCCCAGCCCCAUUCUCCUCCACUCUAGUGUGUAACACCUCCAUCCCACAGGAUGACGGAGCUGUGUGUGUGCGGCACAGCCGUUUCCUCUAAUUGUUGGUUCACACAAGGACAGCGUGGGAGUGUUGAGGAAAACAGAACGACAUGCGGAAAAGAAACCCUCUGGGAUAUGACUAAAAGAGAGGGGAUGUCUGCGUCUGAGAGAGGCAGUUUAUGAAUGCACGUGUGAGAUGCUGUGCUUGCAGCCUGUCUGCAUGUGCACACGAUGGUAAUCAUGGGGGCAUCAGACAAAGUGUUAUACAGCCCUUCCCAGCAGUAGAGCUGGCGCUGAGGGAACUCAAGGCGGUGGGCUCAUCUUGCCUCUCACAGCAAGCAAGCGGAGAAACCGGUUUUCCCGGCAGCCAGGAAAUGUUUCUCACCCUGGACCUGGAGACAGUACUCCCCGAACCCACCCAGGGCUGCCUCCCGGACCCACCGGGCGGAGAAGGGACCUCUGCUGCAUGUGUUUCAAGGAUCACAGGAUCUUCUCCUUCCCAGAGGCUAGCGAAGAUUAGAAGGCGAAAAAAACGCACUCGAGAUGAAAUGUUCUCUGAGCUCAUGCUGUCCUCCCACACUGACAGUGCACAGACGAAUGCGUGGAGGCAGACAAUGUCAGAGUGCAGGAAAGCACAAAAUGACAGGGAGGAGAGGUGGCGGGCUGAAGAGAGUAAGUGGAGGGCUGAAGAGAGGGCUGAAGCUGAAAGGUGGCAGCAGCAUGAUGAGAGGAGGCAGGAUUCAAUGCUGAGGCUGCUGGAGGAUCAAACUAAUAUGCUCCAGCGUAUGGUUGAGCUGCAGGAUAGGCAGCAGGAGCACAGACCCCCGCUACAGCCCCUGUGUAACCAACCGCCCUCCUCCCCAAGUUCCAUAGCCUCCUCACCCAGACGCCCAAGAAUGUGGUGGGGGGGCCUCCGGCCACCCAGCCACUCCACCCCAGAGGAUAGACCAAGCAACAGAAGGCUGGCAUUCAAUAUGUUUUAAAGUUGUAAACUUUUAAAGUGCUGUGUGGCCUUGUCCUUCCCUCCUCCACCACCCCUCCUGGGCUACCUUGGUAAUUAUCCCCCUAUUUGUGUGAUGAAUUAAUAAAGAAUGCAUGAAUG